AUGGCUUACUUCUUCUGGGAGGAUGAAGGCAUUGUGCGAAUGUUGGCCGAAUUUGAGCCUGACUUUGUCCAUCGCUUUGUUUCCUUGCCCUCGAACGUGGAGCGGGCUGAUGUCUUCCGCGUUCUGGUUUUGAAAUGGUUUGGCGGGAUUUACGCAGACGUGGACACGCGACCCCUUCGUCGCCCUGUCUCUUGGGUUUCUGCUUCCGACCUUGCACCCUGGACCGACGCCGUAACGGGACUGAAGUAUUCCUCCUACAACACAGUAAGCACCAUUCUCGGCAUUGAGGCUGAUUGUGUGCCUUUCAAGAGUGACUAUUGGCGCAUGGGGUAUUCGUACCCGGUCCAACUCACACAGUGGGCGUUGGCUUCCAGUCCUGGCCACCCUAUUCUUUUACGUUUCAUGGACACUCUUCAACGGAGGCUAGCAGAUGUUGCAAGGCGCAACAGGGGAGAUAUCACCGCUCCCCAAGCCGUAAGGGAGCUACAACGGAUUGGACCGCUGUCUUUGACAGGACCAGUUGCCGUGACCGUCGCAGCAAAGACUUGGUUAGAGGAACGGAUUGGACUGCGGUGGAACGCUCUCACUGGAUUAGCAGACGGUGGCCAAAGCAAGCUGGUCGACGACGUUUUGAUCUUGCCAAUCACCGGGUUUAGCCCCGGUCGAGGCAAAUACGGCAAUAUGGGCUCGAAGCCAGUCACGGACUCGUCGGCGCGAGUAUGGCACCAGGCGCAGGGAUCAUGGCGCUCGUUCGACCCCAAGGUCGAAUUUGGGAAAGCCUGUCGGACCUUGCUCGGGUUGUGCAAGGACUGGUCGAAGCAGCCAGAUUGA